UGUAACAGCCGAAAAUUUUUAAACUUUACGUUUUCUGAUUGUUAUUUUCCACUUAAUAAAAGACUUUUUUCACAUUUUUACAGUGGAAUUGUAAGUUUUCUGUGAGUGCAAUAUGGCUGAAGCUGAAGAAUACAUUCAAGAUGAACAGGAACUUUAUCAUUUUCAUUUUAACUGGAAGCAGCUUUAUGAAGAUUUUCUUGAAUUAAAUAUAAGUAUGAUGUAUGACAGUGUGCAGUUGUUACAAGACAUGCUUUUGUCGAAAUUUCCUGAAGAUGUGGAUGAAAUUAAAACCCAAAUAACUAAGCUGAUGGACAUGUAUAUUACGAAUAGCAGAGAGCCCCUAGAAAAGUUUAGGGAAACUGUGAAACAGAUUUUUACGUUACCGCCAAAUGUUGUUUUACCAGGCUUGACCGAAGAGAAGAUGGUGACCACUCAAGAGUUCCAACAACUAAAAGUUGAGGUUGAUAAACUUGAACAGCAGCUAAUUGAGGAGGUAUACUACAAAGCACAAUUAAAAAAAGAAAUGAAAAAGUUUGAACACAUUCAACCAUUAUCAGAAAAAGUUGACGAAAUACUCAACUUUUAUGAAAAUAAUAAACCAAAACCUGGCACAAAAGCUGUGGAAGAGUUGUUUGAAGCUUUAAAAACGUGUGAAAAGUUUUAUUACAGUAAAAGGUGUAAUGAUGAAGACAAAUCAGAUGUGCAAGAUGACUUUGGUUUAUUUACAGAAUACUCCUGAUUAUUUUCGAAAAUAUGUUGUAAAUACUAUGAAGUUAAUGUUAUGUUUAAGAAAAACUAACCAUUUUUUUGAUUCCCUCAUAUGAGAGAAUUAAUAAAAUAAUCAUGAAACAAGUGUUAAAAGUAUUAUUAUGAUAAGAAUGUUAAAGUUUGUAGCAUAAGUGGCCAGCGAGUAAUAAUCUAGUAACUUAUGUUUAGUUUUUGAACUUGACAAUAGAACUGUGAGAAUAAGUUAAUACUUAAUUAAGCUUCUGUAAAAUGGGUCUUAUUGGUGUUAUGAUGUC